AAAUAAAAUACAAAAAAGACACUGCUAGUUUUGGGAGGGAAAUUCCCGAAUUUCUCAAUAAUCUACUGCUAAAAUGUGUUUCUGCUUGUAGUGAAUUUUGUCUUGAGAUUCUUAUUCAUUAAUUUUUAUCAAUUGGCUCUGUUUUGUUUUCAUUGCCAAGAAGGUAGGAAACAGUAGAAAGAAUGGAGUAAGAGUAGUCUUAUCAAAAGCAAAAUUUUGGAAACAAUAGAGAGGCACUUUAUUCCUUUGUUUUGAUUGCAUAGAAAGAAAGGUUUAUUCCAGACCAUGAAAGGGAUGCUUCCCGGAGUUUACAAAGAAACCAACCAACCCCACUUUUGGGAACUUCAAUUCAAUUAAUUUCUUCUCCUUCACGUUUUCAAGCCAAUUAAUAAGGCCUCAAGGAAAGCCAUGGCUUCUGGAGUAUCCAAAUCUGCAGCCUUAAUUCUCUUACUCCUUAACCUUGGUCUGUAUUUUAUUGUAACAAUAAUUGCUUCAUGGGCUGUUAAUCGUGGAAUUGAAAGAUCUCGUGAAACAGUAUCCGUUCUAUCACUUCCAGCUCGUAUAUUUCCAAUAUAUUUUCCUUUCGGAAACCUGGCAACCGGAUUCUUCGUCAUUUUCUCCCUCCUUGCCGGUGUUGUCGGCAUGUCCACCUCAAUCACAGGCCUCAAUAACGUCCUGCAAGGGGAUGUUCCCAACUUAAAUGCAGCUGCUGCCUCUUCUCUGAUAACUUGGUCGCUCACUCUGCUAGCCAUGGGAUUGGCAUGUAAAGAGAUUGAUCUCGGGUGGACAGAUUCAAACUUGCGUACUCUAGAAGUUAUGACGAUAAUCGUGAGCGCUACACAAUUGUUCUGCACGGGCAGUCUCCAUGCCGGGGUUGAAGAUGCUGCUGCUUGGCAGAGGGGCCAGGGGAGAUAUUGAGCUUCCGAUUUGAUUCAACCCUGCUUAAUGUAUUAUUCUAUAUUUAUCAAACAUGUAGGCUUGUAUUCUGAGUGGUUCAUUUCUUUUAGGCUUUGUGGAUGGAGUGUGUGUAAAGCUCCUGAGCAUUUUCAGUUCAUGUAAUUCUUCACAGAUCAUUUAUAUUAUGUUUUAAAAAUAUUUAAAGGGUUUAUUGAAUU